UGGGCGAAAUGUGUAACGUGUCGUAUAAUGCAUUUAUACAUUUUACAUAAACAGAGCGUUAAAACUGGUUAUAAAUCAUAACGAUUUAAACCUAAACGCAUAGACCUACGUGUAAGAAAAUAUCAUUAUAUCGAUAUAAAAUCGCGUUCAAAUUCAAAUGUGUCGAAUAAACAGUUCGGAUAAUGACGAAGAACAUGGCGAGACUGAGACAACAUUGUGUUCUAAACGAUGGAUGCUAUUCUGUAUGGGUGUCUGGUUUGGAGUGAUGGCGUAUAUGUUAAACUCCAACAUGAGUGUCGCAAUAGUUUCUAUGAACAGACAACAAUCUAUCCAAGUGGAAGACUAUCAGCAUCAAGCAUCUACGUUAGCUAGUUUUACUAUUCUAUCUUCAAGGUCAUUAUCAUAUAGUAAUGCCAGUACAGAUGGAUAUCCGGCACCUAACCCGAACAUUGAAAAUGAGCCAGUACAUUACAAAUGGAACGGAUCGACUCCGUCAUAUAAGGACCUUGACAAGAGGAAUAGUGACAAAUGCAGGAAGCAUGUGCGAAACAAUUUUCCAUAUAAGCUUGGUGAAUUCACAUGGACCAAACGCACACAAUCAUUCGUGUUGUCCGGCUAUUACUAUGGUUACAUGAUGUCGCAGAUUCCGGGUGGAUGGUUGUCGGAAAGAUUUGGCGGGAAACAUGUGAUUGGUACAUGUAUAGGCAUCACAUCAACUCUCACUCUGCUUAUACCUGCGAUGGCUAGAACAAGUGCGUACAUGGUAGUUGUUGCGAGAGUACUAAUGGGUUUAUCAACGGGUGCAAGUACUCCAGGGUGGUAUAUGUUGACGGGUGUCUGGGCAUUGCCCCAUGAACGGAGUAGAUUUUCUGGAGCUAUCUGGUUUGGAAGCGUGUUUGGCAUCGUACUCGGGUAUUCCUCUGCGGGUUUCCUCUGUGCACAUGGGUUUGACAAUGGAUGGGCAUCAGUAUUCUACGUACAUGGUCUGAUUGGAUAUUUGUUCGUGGCUUGCUGGUUAUACAUAGUUUACAGUUCGCCUAAGCAGCAUCCGAGGAUCUCAGAAGCUGAAAGAAAACUUCUAGAAGGGAAUAUCCAUAUACCGAUUGAAAAGCAAGCUGUCAAGUCUAAGGUACCGUGGAAGAAAAUUCUUACUUACGGACCAGUUUGGGUUAUUUUUAUCACACAUGCCUCGGACAACUGGAUAUAUUACUUGUGUAUAACAUGCUUACCUCUAUAUAUGAAAGAAGUAUUAAAAUUCGACAUCCAAAGCAAUGGGAUAUAUUCUUCCUUACCUUUUUUAACAAUGAUGGUUGCGAUUACUUUAGCUGCAACAUUAGCGGAUUUGAUACGAUCAAAACAAUUUUUAAAGGUCACAACGAUACGAAAGUUGUUUCAAGUGACAGGGUUGCUUGGUGUGGCCGCAUUUGUGUUGAUUCCUGGGUAUCUGGAUUGUAGUUUGCGAGAAAUUGUGAUAGUUUGUCUAUGUCUUUGUACAUUCUUUGAAUCAGUUGGAUGUGUAGGCGGACAUACAUGUGUAGCUGUUGAUAUAUCACCUAGGUAUGCAUCUAUCAUAUUUGGGAUAUCUAAUGCCAUUGCUUCAAUACCGGGAAUUCUGGCACCUUUAAUGGUAGCUGAACUCACCAAAAACCAAACAAGCGCAGAGUGGAGAAUUGUGUUUUACAUUGCUGCAGCAGUUUCCGUCUUUGCCGCCGUGAUAUUUGGGGUGUUUGCUAGCAGUGAGCUCGCACCAUGGGAAGAAAGGAAGAAAACUGACGUACAAAUACCAUUAAAAGAAUCAAAUGGUUAGAGGACGGCAAAUAUGGAAAAUAUAAAUGUCCGCAUAUUCGACAAAAAUACAAUAUGGCGAUAUGAAGGUCGCUUAUGAAUCGCGAAAAAUGAUGUUAUUUUUUGUCCAUAAGGGAGCCAAACAUUGAAGAGUAUAAAAUGAAUUCACUUGUUGUUUAAGAACACCUUUCAAGUGACGAAAAUAUAGCAUGAAAUUUAACUAGAGAUAGUGAAGUAUUAACACACCACCUGGAAUGCCUAUAGAUUCGUGACAAGAACAAAUGAUGUAACGUAGCCAAUUGACUAGCUAAAAUAUGUUAGCUUUGACAAUACAAAACUGAACAGAAUAUAGAACGGAUAUAUGUGACCAUUCGGCAAGAAAUUGUAUUAUAAUGUUAGUAAGUCUUAGUUAAAUCCAACUACUUAAUUUCUAAUGAACAUGUGCUUCAGUUAAUCGUAUCUCGCUCGAUACUGAAAGUAACUGAGUGAUAUUAGUGCGAUCGCGUUUUAAUUAGACUAAAUAUUUUUUCAUGAUAAACAUGCAUUGAAAUGUAUUUGCACAGAAAAUUAAAAGUAUUUUUAACUGAAA